AUGGAAACCGACGAGCUCAACGAAGAUGUGCUUCCGAUGACCAACGCCUUCAAACUCUUGUGUGAAGACUUUACGCCGGAGCACAACAAAAAAGAAGUUGAAAAACAGCGACAGACAGCUAAAAAUAUCAAAAAUGAGCUGGAAAACGCGAAAAGUGAUCUGAAAAUUGAGUACAAAAAUCUCGACUUCUGGACGCAACACGACAUUAAACAUCCGCUCCACCAUCUCCAGAAAGCAAUAAGUGCCACGACUUCAAGUGUGACUGAUUUCAAAUGGGUCAAACCAUCGAAAAUCUCAAUUUCCGAGAUAUCAGCAACCAAAAAACUCCAAAUUUUCGUGGAAAUUCCAUCAGAAUUGUUCGGAAAUCGCGACUAUCUCAAUCUGACGUAUCCAGCGAAACGAGCACAUUUUCUUUGCUUCGCCGCGAAAUUUUUGGCCGGAAAGUUCGAGAAAAUUGAAUUUAUGGCUGGCGGAAUCAACCGGGACGACCCAAUUUUUCCCGAUUUAAUUGUUGGUGGUGUUCGUAUUGGUUUUUACACUUCUGAGCUGGCAAAAACCAAGAGAUUUGUCCCAAGUAUUGGAAAUUUGCGUCCGGUGACUGUUUUUGGAGAAAACCUGUUUAAAGGUGAAUUUUGGCCUAAUUUCGGACGAAUUUCAAAAUUUCAGACCCAUCCAACCGCUCUUCUCGCCUUGCACCUUCUCCAAUCAGUGCUAGAACAUCGUCAUUUGAAUCUGGAAUUUUCUCCAGUCGUCCUAACCGCCCGUAUCGUCAGACUCAUCAAAAACGGACAGAUCACUGAGAAACAGGAGAUUUUGACAGUUUUACGUGUGAUAUUCAAGGAUUUCAUCUCCUGGUCUGCUGACGUGGAAUAUUUGGAUGUGAACGAUGAGCAGAUGGAAGAUGACGUGGAAGAGGAGUACUCUCAACAUUUCGACGUGAAUCUCAUCUGGAGGCAUCUGAAUAUCGCCUCCAGAAUCUCGAAAAAUCAGAUGGCUCGAAUGAAAAAGGAGCUUGCCACGUGUUACCCACUUCUAGGCCAAGUCUACACAUUCGACCCGAUUUUCAUUGAUAAAUCGCCAGUUUUCGCCCAAUACGACCACGUGGCACGUCUUCAGAUCAACGUGGCACAGUUGACACCGCUUCUAGGAGAAUUCGGAUGCGAUUCUGUCGAUAAUCGUGACGUCAUCUGUCAGUUUUUGAGAAGUCUAGAGCAUCGAAUCGAGCAAACCAUGUCGGAGAGAUACGAGUUUUUGGGAAUCCAUGAGAUUUUGGAUCCAGCUCAUGCCACGUGGAAGUUGGGCGAAUACGCAUCACAACAGCGCCAGAAAACGUUCCUUGUUGGAUUCAGAAGCACGUCGGCUUGGAAGAAUCCGUUGACGGUGGGACCAUCAGCACAGACCAAUGAGGCGAAAGAAUUCCGCACACUCUGGAAGGACACCAGCGAGCUCCGUAAAUUCGCCGACACCCGUAUCUGUGAAUGCGUGGUGUGGAACGAGAAGCCAUCUGACAAAGUGCCACGUGCCAUCCUUCAAUUCGUCCUCCAGAAGAUGUUCCACCUCCCUGCCACGUGUCUCUCGUGGAGGUCGCUGACGUCAUCGUCCAACUCAUCAGAAGCGGAUCGUGCGCACGAGAAGAAGAGCCAAGAAGCCGUUUUCCAGGCAUUUACAGAUUUAAGUAUGCUUUUGAGAGGUCUUAAAGGCAUCCCACUGAUGAUUACCAAUGUUCAUGGCGUUAGCGGAUACAUACGUGGCAGUGAGCCAGCUUAUCCGUCGGUUUUCGCUGCUGCCACGUCUUCGGGCAAAGAUUCUGGAGAACGACGGCGCCACGUGGUUCCAGAAGCCGGAAAAAUUCCGUUGUACUCACCGGCAGUGACCGUGCACAUCAAAUUGGAAUACUCUGGAAAAUGGGGAAACGACGUGGAAGCGAUCAGAAGGCUGACAUCUUCAUUAUACGUUAAGUUAAAAAAUGUAGUUUAUAGUCUUUUUCAGAUCGCCGAGAAGUUACGCAGCGAACAUAAGCUUUGCGCUGUCCCAACCAUCGAUCAACUCUUUGUUUUAAAAUCGGGAAUCGUUUUCAAAAUUGUAGUCGUCAAUGAUAGAAUCCUGUCGAUUCUUGAGGAAAACGUGCAGAAAUUGAAGGAUUCUGGAGCAUCACGAAUCGAGAGCUCGAUUCAAGGGAUGAGAUUGGCGAUGUGGAAGAAGAAAUUCAUCGCUGAGCCCCUUCUUCAGAUGUCCCUUCAAUCGUUCGCGACGAGUCACAAAUUUUUUGGAUCCACUGUUCAGCUAUUCAAGAAAUGGCUGGGUGCUAAAAUGCUCUCUGGACACCUCAACGAUCAUAUUAUCGAGCUGUUGGUGGUGGCGGCGAUCAGCAAGAGAGGAGCAGUUGAGCCACAAUCCACGUGGUCUUCAUUCUCACGUCUUCUGGAUCUCAUCGCGACGCAUCCAUGGUCUGCACGCCCGCUAUUCGUCGAUUUCGGCCUAAAAUCGUGGUCCGAAGAGGAACGAUCGAAAUUAGAGGAGAAAUUUGUCAAAAUGCGCCCAAUUCUGCCGCCAAUGGUUGUGAUUCACGAAGAAGAUCAUCAGGGAAUGAAAUUCACACGAGAGAAUCCAUCUGGAAUCGUCCUGAAUCGCCUGGUAGCCGUGGCGAAGGAUGCGUUGAAAUUGGUGGAAAAACAGACGACUGGAGAGAAAUCCAUUGAUUUGGAGACAUCCCUUCUCACUGAAAACCUCUCUCCAUACGACGCCGUCAUUCAUCUGGAGCCUCCUGCCGUCGUUCGGAAGAAGGCGCUUCUAGAGCGACGACCGAUUCCAGAAAAUCCAAAAUUCCAGCCGAAAAUUCCAGUUGUCGAGUUGGAUCCAGUCGAUGAGCUGGUUUAUCAACUGAAUAACAAUUUCCACGCGGUAGCAAUGUUCUUCUACAACAAAUACGGUGGUCACAAUAUCGGAGUGAUGUUCAAACCGCAAGAAGAAGAAGUCCCAGCGAAAAUCUCUCGUUGCUCACUUCACAAAUCCAUCUCAGACACCGUACUCCGUCUGAAUCGUGCCGAAAUUCUCGAGAAUAUUCAGAUUAUGGGAGAAGGCGUCGUGGCUGACGUGGAAUUGAAAAAGGCGUAG